AUGGCUGCAUCGAACAAGAUUGUGUUGACCAGCUCCGAUGGCGAGUCUUUCGAGGUCGACGAAACGGUGGCGCGUCAGUUCCAGAUCGUAGCACACAUGAUCGAAGACGACUGUGUCAGCAAAGCAAUCCCUCUUACGAACGUCACGGCGGAUGUCCUCGGCAAAGCUAUCGAGUACUGCAAGAAGCACGUCGAAGCUGGUUCCGUUAAAGAAGACGAGGACGAAGCUGGUUCCGUUAAAGAAGACGUGGUCGAAGCUGGUUCCGUUAAAGAAGGCGAGGUCGAAGCUGCUUCCUCUAAAGAAGACGAGGCCAACGAGGAGCUCAAGACUUGGGACGCAGAGUUUAUAGAACUCGACUCGGCAACACUCUUCAAACUCGUUCUCGCUGCAAACUAUCUCAACAUCAGAGGCCUUCUCGAUCUCGGUUGUCAGAAGAUUGCGGAUCUCAUCCAAGACAAGAAACCAGAGGAAGUUCGCCAGUUUUUCAACAUCGAGAACGAUUACACACCCGAAGAAGAAGCUGAGGCUAAAACCUUCUCCGCUCUUAACCCCCAAAUCAAACGAACAAUGUCUGAAUCCACCAAGAUUGUGUUGACCAGCCAAGGUGGCGAAGCUUUCGAGGUCGACGAAGCGGUGGCUCGUGAGUUCCAGAUCGUAGCACACAUGAUCGACGACGGCUGCGCCGGAAAAGCAAUCCCUCUUGAGAACGUAACCGGCGAUGUCCUCGCCAAAGUUAUCGAGUACUGCAAGAAGCACGUCGAAGCUGGUUCCGUUAAAAAAGACGAGAUCGAAGCUGGUUCAUCUAAAGAAGGCCAGGUCGAAGCUGGUUCAUCUGGAGAAGACGAGCCCGAGAGUGAGCUCAAGGCUUGGGACGAAGAGUUUUUGAAACUCGACAUGGAUACACUCUUCAAAAUCCUUCUCGCUGCAAACUAUCUCAACAUCAAAAGCCUUCUCGAUGUCGUUUGUCAGAAGAUUGCAGAUCUCAUCAAACACAAGCAACCAGAGGAAAUUCGCGAGAUUUUCAACAUCCAGAACGAUUUCACUCCCGAAGAAGAAGAUGCUGUUCGCAAGGAGAACGCAUGGGCUUUUGAAUGA